AUGGCUGUAAUUAAUUUUCCUUUUAUUUUUUUUCUUAAUUUUCUAGCUUGGGCAGCUUUUUAUUGUCAAUCAACUAAUCAAGAAGUAAUGGAUUCUUCAGAAAUGAUUUUAAAUAAUGAGAGAAUAUUUCCACCAGAAUUUUAUCAAGUUAAAAGAACAUGGUGGUCUUUUAAUCGAAUAUUUCAUUGUUGUUGUUGUCGAAAUAGAGGACAAGAAGAUCCUUUAGAUAUUUAUGAAAAAGAAUAUAAUUUAAAUAAAGCGGCAAUUGAUUUUGCUAUUCCACAAACAACAACGCAAUCCUCUUUUAAUAAUAAACAUUCUUCCUUACAUCCAUGCCGAUCUUCCCCAUUACCAAUUGUCGCUAUAGAAAGGCCUAAUCAUUUAGUUUUAACAUUAGAAAGACCUCCAACACCUCGACCAGAAAGUUUUAGAAGAAAUUCUGCACAAGCGGCUUAUCGUCUAUGGUUACAACAAAAGUUUGAAAAACAAUUUGCUCAAGAAUUGAGUGAAAGUAGAGAUGGAAAUCAUGUCCAAUUAUUGGUAGAAGAACCAGAACUUUUGGCUGAACAUUUUUUACCAGGAAAAUACUUAUAA